GUCGGCGUUAAGGCUGUUUUUAAAGCUCUCGUGGCGAUAUCGUUGCUUAGCUACUUUAGCUAGCAAGUUAGAUUAGCAUAGUUAGCUACAAACAAACCAAAAAAAAAAGAACUGUUAUUGAUGUAACGUCUCGCGCGGAUUAACGUGUGUGUGUACACAAGUGCGUCGCUUCUUUCCUACACCUUCCAACACCUGAUCAAAUCCGUUCAUGCUAGACAUCAUGGACUUGAGUGUUUCUGCUGCUCAAACAAACGGUCCGGACUCGCAGCAAAAACCAAACGGACAAGCAACAAGUGCAAUCAGCAACAUGCAGGCACAGGCCUUGCUCCAGCAGUUGAGUUCAGCAACGCAGCAGCAGUUGUUCUUGCAGCAGGCGCAGCAGAUCCUGGCAGCGGCCGUGCAGCAGCAGUCAUCAGGCCAACAGAGCAGCAGCACCACUGGAGCCAACAUCUCUGCCUCUGCUGCCACUCCCAUUACCCUCUCACAGCCUAUACAGAUCGCAUCACAGCUGCAGCCAACUGGUCAUAACCUGCAGCAGUUUGUGUUGGUGCAGCCAGGACAGCUUCAGCCUGCUCAGUUUAUCAUCUCUCCUUCACCUCAAGGCCAGACUGGUCUUCUUCAAGGCCUUCAAGCCCAGAAUUUUCUGACGCAACUACCUCAAAGUCAAGCCCACAUCCUGCAGCCUCAGCCAAGCAUUCCUCUGACUACACAGGCAGCAACACGGAAGAUAGCCGCCAUGCCAUCUGCUGCACCGACCACAACGAAGCAGGUGGAUGUUUCCGUAGUGGAGGAGGCCAGUGAACUGGAGGAGCUAGAGCAGUUUGCCAAGGCCUUUAAACAGAGAAGGAUUAAACUGGGCUUUACUCAGGGUGACGUUGGCUUGGCCAUGGGAAAGCUGUACGGGAAUGACUUCAGCCAGACCACCAUCUCUCGCUUUGAGGCCUUGAACUUGAGCUUUAAGAACAUGUGCAAGCUCAAACCUUUACUGGAGAAGUGGCUCAAUGAUGCUGAAAACAUGACUUCGGAGUCUGCAGUUUCCAGUCCCAGUGACAUGUCUCCAGGGGUUUGUGAGGGUCUAAAUCGACGGCGGAAGAAAAGAACCAGCAUUGAUACAAACAUUCGCAUCGCCUUGGAGAAAAGCUUUAUGGAGCAGAGCCAAAAGCCAACUUCUGAGGAGAUAACACUGAUUGCAGAUCAGCUCAAUAUGGAAAAGGAGGUGGUGAGGGUGUGGUUUUGUAACCGCCGGCAAAAGGAAAAAAGGAUCAAUCCCCCAAGCAGCAACACUUCCAACACGCCCAUCAAAACAGUCUUUAACCACUCUCCGUCGGUGAUAUCCACUGCAUCAAACACACUGAAUGUCAGUUCAGCAAUUUCUCUCGGUACUGCUUCCGUUCCAAAGCUUACACUUGCAGGAACGACUCUCGGACCAGUCACCUCAAACACUGCAACAGUCAUCUCUUUGGCACCUGCUCUCGCCACUCCAGCUCCAACCGUGACAUCACCAUCGCUCACUCCGUCUGCUACAGCAGCAAGUCUGACCGGUACAAAACAGGAAUCUAUUCGGACGACAGAGGCCGGGUCCAACAUAGCAACAUCAACCGCACAGGGAGCCGGACAGCUCGUCAUGUCCCCGGCAGGGCUAGGUGGAGCGAAUCUGGCAGCCAUGGCAGCAGCUGCAGGAUUUAACCCAGGGAUUAUUUCACCCUCGCAGCUAACACAGGGGGGAGCGUUGUUUAGCUUAACACCAGCAUCUCUUGGCAAUGCUCUGACCCCAGCAGCACUGAUGAACACCACCACACUGGCCACUAUUCAGGCUCUUGCAUCUGGAGGGGCGUUACCCAUAACCUCCAUCGAUGGAAAUGGCAACAUGCUCUUUGCGAACACAAGUGCAGGAGGUCCCACACCUAAUCUGAUGACCACUCCCGUUCUGUUCAACUCACCCCUGUCUCUGCUUCCCGCCGGGGUUCUUUCAGCGGGCGGGGCUGGGGGCGGGGCUCUCAACCUACAGGUUGCUGGUGAUGCGCACCAGAGCGCCGUGCCAGUCAAAAGCAUCACUGUGGCCUCCAAGGCUCAAUGAACAAUUGUGCUUCUUCCCCGCUCUAUUUUUUUUUUUUUUUUUUUAGAUUUUAUUUAAUCUCUCUUAGCUACCACCAAAUAAUGAGACGUUUUAUAACAACUGUUUUGAAUUUUUUUCUCCUUGCGCCAGGAGACGUUGUUACUUUUUUUUUUUUUUUUUUUUUGGACAAACCGACUGUCUGUCUUUAGCCGUUGAUUUAGAGCUUUCACGGAAACUAUUUGAUGGUAUAGUUGUACUGAUUUUGGCACAUGCUAAGGAAGCAGUUGGAAACCUUUUUGUCUUUUUCUGGGUUGUGGGAUGUUGGGUUUGUUUUUUUCCUUCCUGAAAUCAAUGACUGAACCAAAAAUGUGAGGUUUUUGAUAUCACGUAAAAUCAUCCUAAAACGAGAUUACUGAGCACAAAGGAAGUCUAUAUAUUCGCUUUGUCCUAGGUUAUUUUUAUUUCUGGGUCUGUUGUGCAGGUCCUUAUUUCAGAUUUAUAACUAAGAUCAUUGCAUAUAUUUUAUGGAUCAAGUUAGAUAUCUUACAUCUUACGACAGGCUGUGUCUCAGUAGAUGUUUUUAGGAGGCUUUUUUUUAAAAAAAAAAGAAAAACAAAAAACAAAACAUAAGUUAUUGUUCUAACUAAUGUAUCACUUUAUGAACACGGUUAGAAGGCUUUAAAACUAGUAAUAAAUCUAAGACUCGAGCAGUGCAAGGAGUCUUUGUUCUGUCCAACUCUUGUCUGCAAACACUGAUCUUAUUUUUAGCGCUCCCUCAAGGUUGUGGCAGUCACUUGAGGGCAGAAGACGUCUACAAAUGGCACUGAUUCUGACUUUCAUGUGGGAGGGAGAAAGAAAGAAAAAAAUUUGAUCCAGGUUGUGAAAAGAGAACAUGCUAUGAAUGACACACGACUAAUCCGGCGUUCAUGAAAACUUGACCUCCAGUUUAUCAAUUCAAAAUGUCCAGGGGUUUUUUUUGUUUGUUUUUUUAUUUGUAUGUUUUUGUUUUUUUUUGGCAGGGUGAUGCUCAUGUCAGCCUUUUUUUUUUCCCCCCUAGUUGAAAUUUAAACCAAAUGAAGAAAAAUCAAACCAUGUAGCUUUGCACACUGUAACAAUUAGUAGAUUUGCUUAAGCAUGGAGUAACUGCUAAACUAAUACACGUACAUGACUUUAUCCUCUCAGAAGUCACCUUUGAGACGUUGAGUGUUGUGUACAGUAGAUCUGAUCUGAUAUGACAUGAUAUUAUAAGCUUCGACCAAAGUGGAUGUAGAUUGAUACAAGACUACACCUGCAAGACCGGCCAAGUCACUGACUAGGUUGAGCAGAUCCGUUUUUUUUUUUUUUUUUUUUUUUUAAAUAACGUUCUCUAUUCACAGCAUCAUCUCUUGAGCAUCCGUUUAUCAUCUGACACGACACAUACUAGACCUUUUUCUAGUUUUAUUUGUAGUAAUACCUCAACAUUUGAUAUUAAACCAUAAUACUGACAGAGGCACAGUAAGGGAAAUACCAAAAAAAAAUGCAAUUCAUUCUUAUUAUUUGUAGAUAAAUAAUGAGCUUUUUUGUGCUAAAAGAAUUAUAUUUACUUAUCAUUCUGGAUAAAAAAUAAAAAAAAAAGCUAAGCUAGUAGAGAAGAAUUCUCAUUUGUCACCACUGGACUUUUCAAACUUUCACCAAAGUUAUCCAACACUAUGCAGUUUAUCUAAAUGCUCGAAAUGCUGCAAAAAAAAUAAUCAGGUGUUUUUUAAUAUUUUUUUGUUCAUGUAAUUAUAUUAAUAAUAAUACUAAAGUGUUUUGGCAUUACACAGAACUUUCAUAUUGCUAAUUUUGGAUAAUAAUGGAUUAAAUAAAUACUACUGCACUGUAAGUACUACUAUUCUAGUUCUUUUCCAACUUGCCAAAGCGAAUUCUUUCUAUGCUCCUUUAAUUCCCACUGUGGAUGAUGAUGAUAAAUAGGUGCUAGCUUGUAUGUAUAUAUCUUUUUCUUUUUCCCCCUCCUUCUUGUGUCGGUUUUUUAUCUUUAUAUCAUUAAGUUGUUGCUAUUCACAGCAGAAUCUGCUUGCCAUGCUUAUAGACUGGAGGUUUAACUUGAUUAAUGCUUAACAGAUAUCGUAGUUUUAUGACUGACGCAACAUCCUGCAGGUUCAAAAUGUCGGCAUACACCAUCUUUAUUAUAGUAUAUAUGAUCGUACCAAUCUACUGUAAGCCUAGUGUAUAACAGGUGUGCUAAAUUGUUUGGGUCUAAUUUAGCUUUUCGCUUUGUUAAACUAAAACUAGGUUUUGUUCUUUUGUCACAAACGAAACAGAGUUUGCCUUAUUAACAGUUUAUUGUAUUAAUAUGUGCUUCAGGUUCACUUCAUUCCUGUCACUGUUUCUGUGUUCACAUGGCAUCCUUAUUUAAAAAAAAAAAAAAAAAAAUCCCAAAAGGAAAAUACCAAAGACUUUGUCAUAGUGUGUGAUGUAGCACAGCUGUCAGUGGCUUUCCUUAAGAAAUGUACAACAAUACACUGUGUCUUAUCACUUCAUAACACACACGACGCACGAAUAAUCUCCUACCGACACUGGGCGUUAUUCUUAACACUGAUUCUCAUGAGCUUUUUUCCAAAGGUGAAUAUUUUCAAUAGUGUUUGUACUGUGUUGUGAAUAUAAAACCAAAGAUUCCUCUUUUUUUUUUUUUUUUCUCCUUUCUUAAUGCUUUGCUUACGAGUCCUGUUUCCUCCUCCUUCUCUACAGCAAAAUUUGCUCUUAAAGAAUUUUUACAGAAUUAAAACAUUUCACGUCUAGGGCAUGAAUUAUGUUGAGUUUUACUGUACAGUAAGGGCUGAUUUAAAAUCCUAAAUAAAAAGGAAGGGUGUGUUCACUGAAAAAAAAAAACAUUUACUGUUUAACUUUGUGGAUGAAAAGAAAAAUAAAGUAUUUUAACUUGGGUCAUUAGGCAUUAAUGUUGUAGUCUGCUGUGUUUGUCGACUGUGUAGUCUUUUUUUUCUGUUAAAAUGGGAAAUAUUGUAGUUGUGUAAUAUAUCUACAUAUACUAUUAAUUGUGUGUGGGGUUUUUUUAUGUGUUACUACAAUGUCAUGUUUUCUCGGUGUGGAUGUGGGUUUAAAAAGUAAACACAAAAAGCUAACACAAGAUACAGACACGGGAAUCCUUUUUAUAUAUUUGUAUAUUUGUAUGUAUAAAGGAAAAAAAAAAACACAGUUUCACAGAAAAUGCAUAUUCUCAGUAUGAUGUGAAGAAAUCUGUACAAAAGCCGAGUGACUUCAGCUUUAUCUGGAUGGAAACUUCGAUCUUUUUCUUCUUUUUCCAUUCGUGGUGCCUUUGCUUAAUAUUGAAGUCAUAUGGAAAACCAUAGACCACAUAUGAAACACGUCAUUUUAUAUAGUGCCACAUGAAAUGUUCAGAAAUAAACUGCCUCUCAACAGGGUUAUUUAACGAGUCCCUGUUUAUUUGCUUCUAUGUACACUUAAGAUGGGGG